AUGGAGUUUAUCGUAAAAGCGAUGUCCAAAGAGAAUACAUAUUCUGUAUUCUCACGAGAUGAUUUUCUCAAAAUACUUGCAAUCCUCGGCAUACCACCAAUUCUUCCCGACGAAGAAGGUGUAGAAUACCAUGUAGCAUUUAAGUUUAGGGGCAAAACCCAAGACUUAAAUGUUUACGUGUGCGAAUCAUACUGGUCUGUUCCGUACUUUACGGGAGAAGAUUAUAAUGAGUAUGAAGUGGUUGGGUAUGAGAUUUCCAUCUCCCACGAGUGA